AUGAAUCGGGUUGGCGGCCUUUUCAAGAAAAAGCAAAAUCUACGCCAGUGGGCGAUUUGGACUGUCUUGCUCUGGAGUACUCUGACCCAUGCUUCCCCGCCCACCUUCGAAUGGAAAGACCCCAACACCUAUAAGACGCUGCAGUGUCCGAAGUGCCCGCCAGGGACGAGCAUGUCCAAGCCCUGCAUGGAGGGCGGAGCGACGGUGUGCAAGCCGUGUGCCAACGAGCACUACACCGAGUAUUGGAACUACCUGGACAGGUGCUUGUACUGCAGCGUCCGCUGUAACGACCUGGAGGUGGAGGUGGUGCCCUGCAACAAGACCCACAACAGGGUGUGCCAGUGCAAGCCGGGCUACCACGCCGAGUCGCUCUUUUGCAUCAAGCACUCAAAGUGCCCGUCAGGAAGCGGAGUGCUGGAGCCUGGCAACCCACAAGAAGAUACCCAGUGCGGAGUUUGUACCGAGGGGACCUUUUCCAGCAACUAUUCCAGCAAAGAUCCCUGCCAGCCCCACCAGAACUGCUCCGUGCAAGGCCUUCAGGUCAACGUGCCUGGCACCCGGUUCCAUGAUACCCUCUGCACCUCCUGCAGGGCUGGGAAAGGCUUGGAGGAGGGCUCAGGUACUGGGGACUGUUACGAGGCCGCCCUUGACUUUGUAGCGUUCCAACUCAAGUCCCCACGAAGGCUCCGGCGUCUGUAUCGUAAGCUCACUCAAGCUCCUCCCGGGACCGAGAAGAAGAAGGCCACCGAAGAGCUCCAGGUGGACCUUCACACCUACCUGCUCCAGCUCAAGAACUUGCAUGGGAAAGAGCGAGCGUGGGAGAUGGUCCAGGAAGCCCUGGAGAAGAUGAAGUUGAUACACAUUCUGGAGAGCGUCCAGAGGAGAUUCUCCGUGGGUUUAUGAGACAACUUGAAACGGGAUUUGUUAUCGUCGUACGAUAGGUCUAAAAUUGUUGGUCAUGCCUGUGCGGACUUGGAUCAUUGAGUUAAAUUAUUUAUACAAAAGC